GAAAAACCCCCUCCACUUUCACUUCAUCACGGACUCUGUGGCCCACCAGAUCCUCCAGACACUCUUCCAGUCCUGGAUGGUGCCCUCUGUCCACGUCAGCUUCUACAACGCCGAUGACUUGAAGCCGGAGGUGUCGUGGAUCCCCAACAAGCACUACUCUGGUAUCUACGGGCUGAUGAAGCUGACCCUUACCAAGGCACUGCCCUCCAACCUCUCCAAGGUCAUCGUCCUGGACACCGACAUCACCUUCGCCACCGACAUUGCUGAGCUUUGGGCUGUCUUUGGGAAGUUUUCUGACAAGCAGGUGAUCGGGCUGGUGGAGAACCAAAGCGACUGGUAUUUGGGCAACCUGUGGAAAAACCACAAACCAUGGCCAGCCCUGGGACGUGGCUUCAACACGGGGGUGAUCCUGCUCCUGCUUGACCGCCUGCGUCGCCUGGGCUGGGAGCAGAUGUGGAGGCUGACAGCAGAGAGGGAACUCAUGAGCAUGCUCUCCACCUCGCUGGCUGAUCAGGACAUCUUCAACGCGGUGAUCAAGCAGGACCCAGCCCUGGUGUACCAGCUGCCCUGCUUCUGGAACGUGCAGCUCUCCGAUCACACCCGCUCGGAGCAGUGCUACACCGAGGUCUCGGAUCUCAAGGUGAUCCACUGGAACUCUCCCAAGAAGCUGCGGGUGAAGAACAAGCACGUGGAGUUCUUCCGCAACCUCUACCUGACCUUCCUGGAGUACGACGGGAACCUGCUGCGCCGGGAGCUCUUUGGCUGCGCCAGCCUCCCCAGCCCUCCCAGCAACCAGCUGCAGCGGGCGCUGGAGGAGCUGGACGAGGACGAUCCCUGCUACGAUUUCCGCCGGCAGCACCUCACGCAGCACCGCGUCCACCUCUUCUUCCUGCAGCACGAGUUCCUGGCCCUCCCCCACCCCACCGACGUCACCCUCGUGGCCCAGCUCUCCAUGGACAGGUUGCAGAUGUUGGAGGCCAUCUGCAAGCACUGGGAGGGCCCCAUCAGCCUGGCGCUGUACAUGUCGGACGCGGAGGCCCAGCAGUUCCUGCGCUACGCCCAGGCCUCGGAGGUGCUGAGCGCCCGCCGCAACGUCGCCUACCACAUCGUCUACAAGGAGGGGCAGUUCUACCCCAUCAACCUCCUGCGCAACGUGGCCUUGGCCAACACACACACCCCCUACGUCUUCCUGACCGACAUCGACUUCCUGCCUAUGUACGGCCUCUACGAUUACCUCAGGAACUCCAUCCAGCAGCUGGGGCUGCCCCAGAGGAAGGCAGCUCUCAUCGUGCCGGCCUUUGAGACCCUGCACUACCGCUUGACCUUCCCCAAAUCCAAAGCAGAGCUACUCUCCAUGCUGGACAUGGGUUCCCUCUACACCUUCAGGUAG